AUGUUGCGACUGGUGAGAAUCCAACCGCGUCAGCUGGCAGUUAGAGCCCUCUGGCGUUUCAAUUCAGCAGCAGCAGCUGCUGCUGCUGCUAUCAAUGAAGACUGCACACCCAAAGAAUCCCGGCUCGAAAAUCAGCACGUUGCAGAGACCACUGGAGAAGUCGAUACUUCCCGCCAUGAAGUUUUGCUUUAUUACAGCCAUUUGUUCGUGCCCACUGGAAAAUUAUCAAAAUACAUUCCGAAUGUGUUCCGAAGGCGUAGUGAUGAGUCUCUGCUAGACCGCGUGCGCAAAUACCUGCCUCCCGACAUUCCCGCAGAGGUCAGGGAGUUUAUCCCCAGAUCUCGUGAGGGCGGUGCAUUUGUGAAGCUUCGUUUAACCGACCACACUUUAAAUCCUGAACAAGCGGGCAAAAAACUUGUUGAAUAUGUUAACGAGAACGCACCAUGGAGUGUGCUCUGGACCAUGAGAUGGAAAGUGUUCACGGUGAAAGGUCGUCCUUGGAUCGAAGACAUGAAAACAGGGUUCACCAGCACCAUUCGCGUCACUUUUGAUGGCUCUGAUGUUUCUCCUGAAGAACUCUAUGCAGCACUUCGCCAAUAUGGGCGAAUUGAAACAAUUGAGCCCCCAGCUCCAAGCAAUAAAGAUUCUCCUCGAAGCACAAUUGUCAAGUUUACAAGCUUCUUUGAUGCGGCCGCAGCUAGAAAUUGCGCAAAUGGUCAGAUUAUUCAGGGAACUAAGAUCUCUAUCUCUUUCGUUCUCUCACAACAAAAAAACUUUAUUGUCGAGUUCUUUAACUCCCAUCCAAGGAUUUCUGUACCUAUUGCAUUAGCGCUAUUCGCAGGGUUGGCAUUCUUGAUCUUUGAGCCAAUCCGUAUUCUGAGCAUCGAAACUAAGGUUCUUGGGCUUAUGAACUUUACGGACUAUCCUGCUAUUCGCAAAACAAUCAAUUACAUUCGCUAUUGGACUAAUUAUCUCAACGUCACCGGCAGUAAAAAGAAAGAUGACGAAGAUACGAUUCAAGACUCCUGGCUGGAGCUGUAUAAUUUGGCUGAGGAGCUAAAACUGAUGCUCAGUGAGGGCAACAACACCUUUAUGGUUGUGUAUGGCCCCAAGGGUAGUGGUAAAUCCAAAGUUGUGGAAAUGGCGCUUGAAAAUAUAAAAUCGCCACAACUUGUGAUUGAUUGUGAAGCAUUGAACAAAUCCAAAACAGACAAUGACAGACUCGGUACGCUUUCUAGCACUUUGGGAUACCACCCGAUGUUCUUGUGGGCAAACGGCAUCUCCAGAUUUGUUGAUCUCGCAGCUCAGAGCUUAACUGGCCAAUCUGCUGGGUUUUCUGAAACUACGGAGCAGCAAAUUAACCGCAUACUCAAUACUGCUGCCACAAGUAUUCAUCGCAUAAGUGUUCGCAACAAGCCGAAGGACGUUAACGAAAGCGAUUAUCUUCAGAGAUACCCCGAAGCUAAACCAGUGAUUAUCAUCCGUGGACUUACAAGCAAGUCGGAUAUCAAUAAACAGAUAGUCGAUUGGGCUGGUGCACUUGUCCAAAACAACUCAGCGCAGGUGGUUUUCGUGACGCAUGACGUUUCUCAUGAUAAACUCUUAGCAAGAGCUCUUCCCGAUCAGAUUUUCAAAACAAUAACCGUUGGAGAUGCAGGUGUCGACGCUUCACUUGAGUACGUUAUCAACUAUUGCAAAACUUCGCGUGAGUUGAAGAGAAAACAAAACGAGACAGGCGCUGAGGAAAUGUCUUCUGAGGAAAUCCAUAAGACGGAGCAUGCAAAGAGUGUCACAAAGAUGGACGCCAAAGCUUUAGACGCUUUGGGUGGGCGUCUUACUGACUUGAACUCAUACGCUCGUCGAAUUGUCGCAGGCGAGGAACCCGAUCAUGCUUUGCAGCAAAUGGUUCACCUGUCAGCACUUGAAAUUUCUCAAAUGUUUCUCAGCCCCACCUCCAACACCGAAUGGACACCAGAGCAAGCAUGGAUUGUUAUCAAAGAACUUGCAACGCAUGACAGACGUCAAUGGUUCCCAAUCCUUGCCAUAGUGAAUAAGGAGCCCGCCUUCUCAAGUGAUGACCAGAUGAAAGCCCUAGUGUCUCUCGAAUAUCGUGAACUUAUCGCUGUUCGUAAUAUCGGUGGUCGCGUAGUGGGAUUGAAAGCUGGACGACCGCUGUACCAUGCAGCGUUCCGGGAACUGGUGGGCGAUACCUUUUUAUGCGCAUUGAUGGACUCGAAGGUUCUCAAGUAUGAUAUUCAAGCUGAAUCUGACAAAAUCAAGAAGGUAGAAACCGAGCUCAAGGAUCUGGCGUUGCUUCCAAGUCGCCGCGAAACUCAGUCGCGACAAGAUUAUCUGGCUAAUAAAAUCUAUGUGUCCCAAGAGAAGAUUAACAAGUGGGAAAAGGAGCUAGCCCAAAAACUGUUACUGGCUCAAAAAUCACUAGAUUCCAGCAAGUUUCAAUAA